UUUGUUUUGUGAAACUGCGACAGUGCAGUUCAGUCGCGCGCGGAUGACGUUGCAGAGAGAGGAGGUGCGGGUUUGCCACGUCGGUCUCUGUGCAACGCAUUUACACUGUUGCUCCUGAAGCCCGGGGCUAACUUUUAAAGCCGUUUAUGUGUUUAACCCGGAGAGGAAGCAACCCUACAGCAUCGCCGGUACCGUCGUAAGCUCGUCGCCACAGCAGUGCAGCCGGAAUAGUGAAGCUGGAAGGUGGAGAAAAUGCUCGGUGCUGUCUGGACUCGUCAGGCUGGAAGCCACUCAACUGACUGAUGCAUCCUCGUUCACUUCACCCCCCGUGUGUUGUUGGCCUGGCUGUACAUGGUGGCUCAUUGAGAAGGGGAGGAGUGCCAGCGGCUGUUGGUUGGUGGGCGGUGUCCGUGGUUGCCAAGGUAACUGGCGACCAUGCCAGGAGGUCGCAGGGGUCCCAGCAGACAGCAGCUAAGUCGCUCUGCUCUGCCGUCCCUGCAGACUCUGGUUGGAGGCAACAUUGGUAAUGGUACAGGCAUCAGGAACAGAAGCAGUAACCUGGUGGGUCUGUCUGCGCCCCCUAUCUCGGCCCUUAUUAUUCCCGAGCCGGUCCGUCACUCAAGGAUCCCCGAGCUGCCGUUGGACAGCAGCCUGCUGUUUGAGUUUCUGCUCUUUCUGUAUUUGCUGGUGGCUUUGUUUGUCCAGUACAUAAACAUCUACAGGACGGUGUGGUGGUACCCGUACAGCCACCCUGCUGCCUCUACCUCACUUAACUUUCAUCUAAUGGACUACCACCUGGCUAUCUUCAUCACAGUAAUGUUGGCCAGGAGGCUUGUUUGGACUAUCGUUUCAGAGGUGUCUCAGAGCAGCGGCGGAUCGCUGCUCCACUAUGGGGCUCUGAUCGCAGCUCGGCUCAGCCUGCUGACAAUGUGCGGCUGGGUGCUCUGCUGGACGCUGGUCAACCUCUGCAAGAACCAUUCUGUGCUCAACCUCCUCUUCCUGGGAUACCCAUUUGGUGUGUACGUCCCCCUUUGCUGUUUCCAUCAGGAGGGAGGGAAAAGCCAAACGGUACCGGCUGACUGCGACUACCCCGCCGACCACCAGCAGACCGAGCUUACAGAGACUCCGUUCUUUCGACCACGUGACUUCCUCUUCCUGUUGCGAGAGAACAUCAAAGAGCAGUUUUCCAGCCCCCCACACAUGCCUACGCACACCUGCCCACCACACACACACUCACACACGCCCGAGGUAAUUCGAGCAGAGGUGGAGGAGCUGAAGAGCGACUUCAACCGGAGAAUCAAGGAAGUGCUGUUCAACUCUCUGUUCAGUGCUUACUACGUCGCCUUCCUGCCUCUCUGCUUCGUUAAGAGCACCCAGUACUAUGACAUGCGCUGGUCAUGUGAGCAUCUGAUCAUGGUGUGGAUCAAUGCGUUUGUGAUGCUGAUGAGCCAGCUCCUGCCCCCCAGCUACUGCGACCUGCUUCAUCGCUCGGCGGCUCAUCUGGGCCGCUGGCAGAAACUGGAGCACGGCUCGUACAGCAACGCACCUCAGCAUGUGUGGUCAGAAAAUACCAUUUGGCCUCAGGGGGUGUUGGUACGACACAGUCGAUCUCUUUAUAAGGCAGUCGGACCCUAUAAUGUUGCUCUGCCCGCUGAUGUUUCCCAUGCAAGGUUUUAUUUCCUGUUCCACAAGCCAUUGCGGAUCCUGAACCUGCUGAUCUGGAUCGAGUCCAGCGUGGUUUUGUACCAGUUAUACUCGUUGCUGCGCUCUGAGCGCUGGAACCACACUUUGUCUCUGGGCCUUAUUCUCUUCUGCAACUACUAUGUCCUUUUUAAACUGCUCCGAGACCGCAUCGUGCUGGGCAAAGCCUACUCAUACCCUCAGUCCUCCAACAGUUUGGUGCUCAAGUCGCAGUAAAGGCUCUGCACAGUGAGACCUCACCUAUGAGGAGAAGAGACAGGUGGAGGUCUGGUAAAGUGGAGGACCGGAAGGUUGAUUAGCGCUCACACUUGGAGGUUAAGGGACAGACUGAACUCAUAACCGUGUUUUGAUACGGUUCUAUUUGUAAUGCAAUGUUUAUAUAUACCUAUUUAAAAGAAUAUUUUUAUUUUGUAUACUAUUUCGAGUUACGCCGGGCAUUACCACGCUGACGACAUUAGCAUGUUGUGUUAUGUUGUUGCUAGGCGUCAGGGAAGUCAGGGAAUGCCAGGAGGUGACGUUCACCAAAGAUAUUUUAAGUGCAGGUGGCCAAUCACAAAGCGGACUUGGCUUCCAACAGUCAAUUAAACCUGACCAGCGAAUCAGAGCAGUGGAAGAAGAUGUGCCUGAGAUCCUGAAACCUGAUUGGGCGGUUUUGCUCUUCAAGCUUAAAUCUCGAACCAAGUGAAAACUGAUGCCGCUCUUUGGGGAAGUGUUAGCGGGACGCACCGUUACUGCUCUCAACCGCAGCAUGUUUUCACUGGUGUUUUUAAAGCAAAAGUUUGACAUUUUGGGAAAUAUACUUAUUUGCUUUCUAGUGGAGAGUUAAAUCGGAAGAUGGAUAGCACUCGUAUCUGUCCAUCAAGUGUGAGGCAACAGCACGCAGAGGGGUCGCUUAACGUUAGCACAAAGACUGGAAGUGAGGAAACGGCUUGCCUAGUUCUGCCCAACGCUAACAGAAUCUGCGGAAAACUCUAAAAAUCAACACGUUAUGUCUCCUUUGUUUAAUUAGAACAAAUAUUUAAGUAUAACAACGUUUUACGUGGGGUUACGUGCCGGACUAUUUCUUCGCUGUAAGCAGUUGCUUGGCAACCACAUAGACUCCGGUUGGUUACUUAGAAAAGCAAGUUGUAUUCAAUUAAACAAAGGAGAUAUAAUGUGUUUGUUUGGAACCAGACUAGCUGUUUCCCUGGUUUAGUCUUUGUGCUAAGCUAACCAGCUGCAUGCAGUGGUUUCAUGUUUAAUGGGAAAUAUGAGAGUUGUAUUUUCCCUUCAAACUGUUGCUUUACGCAGAUUCUCAGCGUAGAUUUUCACCACAAAGUAGAAUAAAAUGUUUCUUCAAACUUGAGUCUGUAGGAUAAACACCGUAGGUACUCUCAUCCACUGCCUCUGCAGAGAAUGCUGUAUUCUUCCUCAUUCACUUUUUGUUACCGUGUUUUUACUAUCAGUAUCUGCUUCUUUCACAUCAUUGGCUUUCUGGACGGCAGUUACAGCACCAGUCUUUACAAACGUACGAGUGUCGACAAGUGAGGGGGACUGAGAUACUAUUGGCAUCUUUAAACUCAAAGCACACCCAAACAUGUAAAAAACAGAAACGGCUAUGGUCAAACUAUCUUGUCACACAGCCCUGCCUGUCCUGGUGGUUGUUACUUAAAUGUGUAAAGUGUGAAGGGCUGCUGCUGUAGCUAGGUGAUGAUUAAAGUCAACUUGCUGAUGUCUGACUCCACUUUUGACAUGCUGAAAUGUUCUCAAUGACUCAUUUGUGUUCCUAAAGGUGAUCCAGUCAAUGUUUUAUUUUGGUGCCUGAAUGCUUUAACCAUAAUGGUAUCGAGGCCCAUAUUACAUCAGGUCCUUGUCUUUGUAGAUAGGAUGUAGAUACCGCAACAAAUCUGGCUAAUGAUAAAGAUUUCCGUUGGUACGUCCCAGGACCUAACCCUUCUACCACUGCAAAUAUAUCAUAUUGUCAUCAUGCUUUUAUGUGGAUUUGACAGCAGAGGGUGUUUUUAAUAGUGACAUUUCCAUGGGUGAUGAAUACAAAAUCAAAGGCUGGAGGGUAAAGACUGUAUGUGUCGCCUCAUUACCAGUUUAUGUAUUCUCCGUUACCAGUAUGGUGUUACAAACAGGUUGCCUUUCAUGUUGUUGCCUUUCUGUGAAGUCACACCUGAAGAACAUCCUCUCACUCUCAAGUAUGUUCCUCUUUAAAAGCCUCCUCUCCUUCACCGGCUCUAACCUGGAGAAUAACUGUUAAAGAUUAGCAUCAAGCCCUGAUGAACUGUUCAGUAUUCAGAUAGAAAUCAACCAAAAGGUAUUCAAGUCUAAACUGAAAAGCUGGAGAUCAAUAUUUCCUGUGCUGAUGGAAUUUCACAUUAACCGCUUCAGUCAAUUUUCAGGUUGAGUGUAAAUGAGGAGGAAACUACUUUUGAGAUGAACCAGUGUGCGCGUCUGGAUCACUGGUGCUGCUCUGUGCCUCCAAAAGAAAUGUGAGGAAUGUUUUCAUUAUACACAAAUGCCAUACAUGUGCCCAUUAUUCUGCUUAGUCUGCAAACUUAGUCCUUAAAUCCGCUCCUUGGUGCUUCUGUUUUAUUUGCAGUCAUAUUCCACUUGAAUGUAGCAAAAGCUUCAACUGAUUGUUGCUGUUGUCUUGAAUUGCCGUGUUUUUAAGUUGGUAGCACCAGUCCCCCCCGAUUGACCAUCACAGAAAUUUCAGUUUUUUGAAUGGGUGUACCUUUGUCACCUUUUAUUCGCUCUUAUCGCAAUAACACAGAAAGAAAACAUUUUUAAGUUUGCUUUAAAUCCUGCUUCAAUGUCGGUUUUUACUUGAAUGUUAAGUCUUUUGCUCAAGUGAAAACACAUCCUGUCUGCUUUCUUUGUUUUGGUGAAACCCGUAAGGUCAGAGCUGAAGAAGAGGAAUGAGAUUUGGAAAGAUUUUAGGUUUUUAUCACAUCUUGACCACAUUUCCCCAAAGUGUAUUUGAUCUUCCUCUUGACCAAAAUGAAAUUUGAAGACGGGUUUUAAGUAAAACUGAUGCUGAUGAUCUGUUCUCGGUUACUUAUAAAACAUGUCAAAUUGAGUCGCAGAGUUUGUUUUCCAUGUGCCAUAUCCCAGGAUGCAGUUUCAAUCUCUUGGUUGAAACUGUUGAAUGUGUCGCUGCUGGAGAAGUCAUUGGAGCUGGUCCUCGUGUUUCGGCUUUUUACACUGUUCAGUUUCCCCACAGCAUUUCUGAAAAUGCCCUUUGACAUCCAAAAUUAAACAAAUUGUGUUUAAACAAA